CCGCCUGGCCCAGCCAGAGCCCAGGAACACCCUCUCGGCCCCGCCCUCCCGUCCUCUUGCCGGAGCUCCGCGCCGCCGUCGCCGGAGCCGAUCCCUCCGCCGCGGAGCGCGGCAAUGGCGUUCUCCUUCGCCUCGCCGGCGGCGUCAAAUCCGUUCCAGACGCCGGUGGCGUCCAAUCCGUUCCAGACGCCGGCUGCGUCGAACCCGUUCCAGACGCCGGCUGCGUCGAAUCCGUUCCAGACGCCAGCGCCGCCGAACCCGUUCCAGACGCCGGCCCCGGCCACGACGCAGGCGCCGUCCUCCUCGCCCUCGCCAUUCCAGUUCAGCUUCCAGCAGCAGCAGCCGCAGCCGCAGCCGCAGCAGCAGAAGCUGAUGCUGUACACGACGGAUAUGAAGCCUGCCGGGUACAGCACCAAGUGGGAGGAGCUGCACGCCGAAUCGCAGAAGGCCCUGCUCCAGAUCGAGGAUAAGAUACGGGAGUACAAAGAUGAGAGUGAGAGGUUGGAUCAGUGCAGUCGUCUUUAUGACUCCUCAAUCUCGAAUGUUAAUUUUGAGCUUGAUGCGUGUCGCGUUGCUCAGGAGCUUGGAGGGACCACCACUGCGAUGGAGAGGGAGAAGGCUUCCAUUCAAGAGUUGAUGACUGUUGUCAAUGAAAUGAUGUGGAACACGGAAUUUGCUAUGAGGUCAUAUGUGAUGUUGAGGCCAAGAUUCGUCCGUCCAGGUGCUGGAGUUGCAAAUGGUGGUUCUUCAAAUCCUUCUGCUGGUGCUCCACCCAAUCAGCCAGUGGUAUAUUUCUACAGUGGAGUCCCGAAGCGCCCUUCUGUUUUUAUGCAGCAUACUGUCAAUAGGUUUGAGUGUUAUCUAGCAGAGUGUUGCAAGUGGAUCAGUGAGCUAGAGCAGCUGGUUCAGAUUGAGAAUAAUAAAAGAUCAUCAGAUUCUGUAGAGGCUCUUCCAAAAGUUAUGUCAAAUGUGCAUGACUACUUCAUCUAUGUUACUUCUAAGGUGGAAAAUCUUCAUCAGUAUGUUGAAUCAAUGAAAACUGAAUAUCUUAAUGAACAGCGUCGUAUGGGUAAUAGGAAUGAUCCAUUUCUGGAGGCAAACAGAAGAGAAGCAGCUAAACAAGAAGCAGCUGCCAGAAGGGUCCAUCCAACUUUGCAUCUGCCUGCUCCUGCUCCUGCUCCUCCUGCGCAGCCCACGACACAACUUGCUGCACCAGCAGCAAGCCAACAACAGCAAUCUUCUUUUCCUUCUGCCGUGACUUUGUCAAGUGUUUUUUCAGCUUUUAGCACUCCGGCUUCUGCUCCAUCCUCAUCUAGUCUCUUUGCAACUCCAACAACUCCAGCUCCAUCAGGCAGCCUUUUUGGUACAUCUGGAUCAGCUCAAUUGACCACGCCAUUUGGAACAGCCUCCACUCCUACACUAGCAUCAACACCAGCGCCUGGAUUUGGGACUAGCACAUCUUUGGGGGGAACAUCACUAUUUUCUACACCAUUUGGAGGUGGGGCUACAGCUUCAGGUUCCAGCUUCGGUGGUGCAUCGAAAGGAAGGUCGAAGCCCCGGGGGCGUCGCUAGCUGUAACUGAACCAAUGUGAAAUGUGUGUGCUCCUGUUUCUCCUCUUGACCCAGUUUCCUUUUCCUGUCUUAUGCAAAACUUGUAAUUAACUUCCUCAACAUUUUUAGUGGACUUCCCAGUAAUUUAUCUUGAUGCAUGCUUACUAUUAGAUCCAUUUUAUUGGAUACUAUUGUAAUAGUAGUUGUUAUUGCUCUGUUCUUAGUACCUGUGGUCCUUCAAUCUUGCCAGAAAUACUCCUUGCUAAACUGAGAAUUUUAAGAUUUCCUAUAUAGUGGUAAGAGGCUGUAAUCUACAAAUAUGUAUGCCAUUUUUUUAUAACACAAAUAUGUAUGACAUUGGUUUCCACUUUCCAGUUA